AUGGCAUCUCAACCUGAUUUUAUUGUACAAAAGUUAGCAAUUGUGGAACUAAUAGAAGGUGCAGAUAAUUGCAAUUAUACUUGGGCUGGUUUGCAACAAACUGUUCCUUAUAUAUUAGAUUCAGUUGAUAUUAUUACAAUAAGGAAGUUUGCUCAAAAAUUGUGGAGAUAUAUGGAAUUGUAUCAUGAAGGAUUGACAGGAAAAUUAGCUGAGUAUGUCUGUAAGAAAUUUAAAUCACAUAGGCGAAUACCAAAGAAUGAACUAGCUUUAUUCAUUCAAGAAAAUAAUGACAAAGCAUACAAUAAUAAUAAAAGGUCAUAA